UCGCCCCACGCAGGGUCUACUUCGUAAAAAACGACCCAAGCAACCCCAGAACUGCUCUCGCUUCCUUCUGCUGUCCACCUCUACCCGGCGAGUCGGCGACCCCUCCCCGCCGACCGCCGCCGCGGCGGAGGGGAGAUGAUGGGGCUGCUGUCUGGUAUGCGGCUGGACACGCUGCUGAAGCGUCUGUGCAAGUCGCUGCUGAAGAAGCGGCUAGGGGAUCUGAUCCUCGGCGACCUCGACCUCGAUCAGUUCGACCUCCAGCUCACCCGCGGCACGCUCCAGCUCAACGACCUCGCGCUCAACGCCGAAUUCAUCAACAGCAAGUUGUCAGGAUCUGCUAUCAUGCUGAAAGAAGGAUCGAUAAAAUCCCUCCUAGUUAGAUUCCCUCUACCAGUCAAGAGUUGUGAGAUUGUUGUGGAAGAAUUGGAGCUUGUGCUUGCUCCAUCUGUUGCAAGUGAAGUUGCUCCUGUAGAUACUGAAUGCCCUGUCUCUGGUAGUACCAGUGACACACAGACAUCGCUCAAGACCCAAAGAAAUGAAUCUGAUAGUAAUCAGCGUUCCACUUCUGUAUCUCGAGAUGUGGAUGAAGGUGUCAAGAGAAUAGCCAAUGCCGUCAAAUGGUUUCUGACAAGCUUUAAUAUCAAGUUAAAAAAUGUUUAUGUUGUAUUUGAUCCUCAUACCAGUUUGGAUAACAGGGUCUCGGGAACUAAUCGAUCUCUGGUUUUCCGAAUUAAAGAGGCAGAAUUUGGAACUCUUCUUUCGACAGAUGGUCUUGUUAAACUAAAUAAUUUUGUAACUUUCCAUAAGGCGGUCAUUGAGUUUUUGAAGAUGGAUGACGUCGAUGCACUGCUUCAGAAUGAUCCAGAUAGAAGCACAGCUGCCAUUUCAGCAGACCAUAGUACUACUGCAGUCUUGACAGGUCCCAUUGGUGGAUUCUCGGGGAAGCUGAACUUAAGCAUCCCAUGGAGUAAUGGAUGCUUGAACCUUGAGAAAAUUGAUGCAGAUGUAUCUGUUGAUUCAUUGGAAUUACGAUUACAGAUCAGCAGUAUCCGGUGGAUCAUGAAUGUGUGGGAUUCUCUGCAAAGCAAGCCAGUAGAUGAACAGAAUUGUGCCAAUAAUACUGCAAAUAUGUCUAUAAACUCCUCCAGAUCUGCCUUGUGUUCAUCUGCAUCAAGCUCUCUGAAACCAGAUUCAGAUUCUGUUAUUGUUAGCAGGGAACAUUUAGCACAGAGCGUAUUUUCUCAAAGCAGGCAAGAUAAAUUUCAGGAUUCUUUCCUUACAAGGGCACAUGUGAUAACAGACUGGAUGGAGCCUGUUGCCCAUGAGGAUCAAGGUGACCCUGGUUCAGAUUGUGACGAAAGCAUCGAUCAAUUCUUUGAAUGUUUCGAGGAAUUGAGGAACUCCCAGUCUAAUUUAGGAAAUAGUGGUAUAUGGGACUGGACAUGUUCAGUAUUCAAUGCCAUAAGUUUUGCAUCUACUUUAGCUUCUGGAUCUGAUCAAGUUCCUAAAGAACAACCAAUCGAGAAGACCUUACAGGCUUCCAUUGUGGAGGUAUCUGUUCUUCUUUUGUUCAGUGAUGAUGGCAUGGAUAUUGACAAUUCCAGUGUUCCUGUCAGUAUGCUAGAUGAUAUGAGAAAUUCCGAAAUGUUUUCGAGCUGCUUUUCAUCUGCACAUUUUGGGAAAUCAAUUAUAUCUCCUUCUACUGCUUCCAGCUUAAAUAUGCACCAUCUCGAAGCCAAGUUUCAAAACAUUCAUCUUGAUCUGCAGACAUAUCCCAAAAAUUUAAGGUUCAAGGCAUCAAUUGCCCAUAUGAAGCUUGAUGAAUACUACCGUGCAGGACACAAUGAUUCAGACCAUUCACACCUUGGUAGCCUUUUCUUGAAUAAUAACUUGUGCCAAGAAGUUCAAGCUGCCCUCCCUCAAUGCCUGUUUGCUGCUGGUGAUUACUGGGUGGAAACCUCUGAACUCUGUGGCAAUAAUUCAAGUGAACUCACUAAAGUUGAAUUGCUAAAAACUUUUGGCAAGUGCACAUUUCAUUAUGAUGUCAAUACCGCAGAUCAAGAUGGCAACUUAGUAAGCUCAACUUCUCUGUCGAUCUGUUUGGCUCCUCUGAUUUUCUGGGUGCACUUCCAUACAAUAUACAUGCUAUUGAAUUUUAUCAGUAAAAUUGAGUCUGGUUUGUUGCACGGAGAGCAUAAAAUUCAUACGCAUGGUAAUGAAAAAGGAAGCAGAUUGACUACUAGCACAAAUGUGUUCUCAACUGGAAGCCUAAAGGUUCAGAUAUCCCUGUCACCGGCAAGAAUCAUCCUUUGCUUUCCGUCUGAUUUUUCGUGGGAUUUAAGCCACCCAUCCAUCCUGGAUAAGUUCCUGGUUAUCGACCACUCGUCAUGUCUGAACAUGAGAGAAACUCCAUCUCAACCUCGAAAUGAAAUGCUUGAUGAGGUUCAUCAAGGCACGCCAUAUGCUUCAAUCCAUUUGGCUACAGGGAACUUCGACAUCUAUUUGGUUAAACCUGCCAGUAAUGUGUUGGAUGGUAGAAUCUGUUCUUUGAGUAGUCAAACUUUCUCUACUAUAAAGAUUUUUUCUGUUACUGGAGCCAAUUAUAAUGACUUCGGCGUCGUAGUGAUCUGGAGAAAAUAUCCUGUAACUGACCCUGAGAUGGUGAACAAAGCAUGGAGUUUACCUAAGCUGCAUGAUCAAAAGAAUACUAAAAAACAGAACAGCAAAUGGGCUGGUGUUUCCUCUUCUACAACUUCACAAGAUCUUGAAGAGUCAGGAUCUAGUAUACGCCAGGAACUCCUUAAGAGCACUGAGCUCUUAUUGCAUGUUCAACUUUCUUGUGUUUCAGUGCAACUCAGUAAAAAGGAUUGUGAGCUACUAAAUAAGCUGCUAGAUCAUGUCCUUGAUGGGGUAUCAGAUGGAGAAAUGAGCAUUUCUGAUAAUGGCAAGGGCAAAUCUGUUCCAAUCAAUGAAAUUUCCAUUCAAACAUCUGUUAUUUUUGAAUGCAGCAUCUUGGAAAUUUGCACUGAAUUGGAUGAAACUGUGAAAGUUGGUCCUUUGUUACAGGCAGAACUAGAAGGUUCCUGGAAUUCUUUUAAGUUGUCUGUUUCGGAUUUUUCUGUUUUAUCCUUUUCAAAUGUUGGAGGAGUCAACAAUGCCAGUUUUCUUUGGGUGAAUCAUUGUGAAGGUGAGCUUUGGGGUUCUAUGAGUGGUAAGGAUGUUAGAAGCUGUGAAGAAGGCAAAUAUUUUCUUUUAGUUGCUUGUAAGGACUCUGCCUGCAGGCGGGGUGAUGGUGAAGGGACCAAUGUAUUGUCUACUGGGACUGCUGGCUGUUCCGUGAUCCACAUCAGGAACCCAAAGCUACAAGAAAAUUACACUUCUGUUGAUGUUCGUUCUGGGACAAUUGUGGCACCUGGUGGCCGUAUGGAUUGGAUCAAUGCAAUAUGCCUGCUGUUCAGUUCAGGUUCAGAUGGAACUGAACGGUCAGAUGAUAGUGACACAGUAAAGAGUUCUCAGGCUGGUGAACCUUAUUCAUCAUCAUUCUUUCUUGAGUUGGUUGAUGUUGCUGUGAGCUAUGAACCUCACUUAAAAAAUUCGGCUCUCAAUGCUGAAACAGUGGACUGCAAGUUUUUCUCAUGCCUUUUAGCUGCAUCAUCAUUUAAACUUCAUAACAAAUCUGUAUCAGACGCUGCCGCUACUGAUUUUGAUAUUCAGUUGCGUGAUCUUGGGCUUCUCAUUUGUGGAUCAUCCAGCUCAAAAGAUGUCACUUGCGGUUAUGAUGUAGAUUACCUUCGCCGAGCAGGUUAUGCCAAGAUUGCCCAUAACACAUUCAUUGAAGCUUCUCUAAGAAUUGAUUCUUCCUUUUGGAAGUUGGAAAUAUUUGAUUCCCAAUUUGAUAUUGGUACUUGUCGUGAUACAACAUAUGGUCUUGCUCGUUUGGGAUCCCAACUCCAGCAGCUAUAUGGUCCGGAUAUGCGGGAUGCUUUAGUUCAUCUACAAUCUAGGUGGAAUAGUGUCCAACAGGCAAACAAGCAAAACAUAGCCUCUGACAAGCCAGAGAGCAGUUUGGAAAAUUUGGCAGACUCUGGAGAGUGCCGGUCAGAUGGACUGCUUGAUGAUAUAAUUGAGAAUGCUUUUUACACAGAGGGCUACAUGAACAAUGAUUUUUGGGAGAGCAAUUGCCAUCAUUCAUUUAGUAGCAGUGAAAUGGAUGAUGGGUUUGAGCUGAAUAUGGCUACUUCUCCGCACAUUUUUCUUAAAUCAUCGUUAGUUACUCCGGAAGCCAAUAUUACUCAAAUACCACUAAAACAGAACUGCCCUGAUCAAAUUAUUGAUUCUUAUUAUAUGCCUGAACUUCAACAUCCAUCAUCAUCAACUCUAUGUAAUGAAGUGCAUCAAUAUACGUCUGGUGGUGAUGCUCGUAAAACCCUGGAGAAUGAAAAUGGUGGGUGGUAUAACAAUGUUCCCUUGACAAUAGUUGAGAACCAUGUUUUGAAAAAUAACAACAAACAAGGAGAGCAAGUACUUCGACAAGAAGGGAGUCCUGCUGUUUCGAGCCUGAAUCCUGAUGAAUCUUGUAAUCUGAAAGGAAAGGUUCUUAUUCAUGAUAUAGAUGUUAAGUGGCGGAUGUAUGCUGGAGAUGACUGGUUAUUACCACAGAAAGAUGCGAGUAGCUGCCUACGCACAAAUGGAAGAGAUAGGAGUUCUUGUUUAGAAUUUAUCAUGACAGGGCUCAGCAUCCAACUUGAUAUGUUUCCAGAUGGGGAUGUUUCUAUUUCUAAGCUAUCUAUUUCUGCUCAGGACUUAAAUCUUUGUGAUCAAAGUUUGCAUGCUCCAUGGAAAACGGUUCUUGGAUGUUACAACUCAAAGGAUUACCCAAGAGAAUCUUGCUCCAGUGCAUUCAGGUUAGAACUGGAGUCUGUAAGGCCCGAGCCACAGGCUCCUUUGGAAGAUUAUAGGCUAUAUCUCGAGAUUUUACCUCUACAGUUACAUCUUGAUCAAGGGCAACUUAACUUCCUAAUCAAUUUCUUCCAGAAUGAUCCAUGUAACAACAACCCUCAUCUGCAUUGCAAAAAUGAGGCUGGUGAUGUGGAGAGCACAAGCUAUGGAAGCAAUACAAUUGUGGAUGAGGCAUUACUUCCUUUCUUUCAGAAAUUUGAUGUAAAGCCUCUUGUUCUGCACAUUAAUUAUAUACCACGUCAGUUUGAUCCAAUUGCACUAGGCAAAGGAAACUAUGCAGAGCUUCUCAACAUUCUUCCAUGGAAGGGAAUUGAUUUGAGGCUUAAGCAUGUUUCAGCAAUGGGCGUUUACGGAUGGAACAGCAUAUGUGAGACAGUAGCUGCGGAGUGGCUGGAGGACAUUUCAAAAAAUCAGGUCCAUAAAUUGUUAAAAGGGCUUCCUCCAAUAAGAUCAUUAGUUGCUGUCAGUUCAGGGACUAAGAAGUUGGUUUCUUUGCCAAUCAAAAGCUACAAGAAGGACCGAAAGUUGCUCAAGGGAAUGCAAAGAGGUGCUGUUGCUUUUAUAAGAAGUGUCUCCAUUGAAGCUGUAGGGCUUGGUGUCCAUUUGGCUGCGGGAGCUCAUGAUAUGCUUGUGAAGACGGAACGUGCCCUUUCAGCUGUUCCACCACCUUUAGCCUCAUGUGAAGCAAACAGAACAAAAGAUAACAUAAGAGCUAACCAGCCUGAAAGUGCGCAACAAGGGAUAAAACAGGCGUAUGAAAGUUUAACUGAUGGGCUCGGAAGGACUACCUCUGCUUUGAUUGGGAAUCCUAUUAAAGUUUAUAAUCGUGGGGCUGGUGCCGGAUCAGCCCUGGCCACGGCAAUCUGUGGGGCACCAGCUGCUGCAGUAGCACCAGUAUCGGCAUCUGCUCGUGCUGUACAUUAUGCACUUCUUGGGCUGAGGAACAGCCUUGAUCCUGAGCACAAGAAAGAAUCUAUGUACAAAUACCACGGACCUUCUAAAUCGUAGGCUUCAUGAGAAGAAGAGGCGGGAUCACUCACUGGUCCUUCAUUCUUUUGCAUGACAUACAUCGUCUCCCUCCGGUUGAGCACCUGUGUUGCAAUCUCAUCCAAUGGCGAUGGUCAAUCGUGUACAGUGCGAGACUCCCAAUCAGUCAGAAAUCCUACCUGUUUGAACCAGCAGCAUCAUUUACCGUGUUCUUACGGAGGUUUUGAUCCGUCUGUGCAGGUGUACAGCUGGUAGGACAGACAUCAUGUAAAUUAACACACACAACGGUUAUAAUCCACCCCAGGCCGGUGGUGGAAGUUUUGUAACCACUUCGCUUAGCUUAGGAAGAUGACCUGGGGUCGUCAGGACUGGCUCCGCUGUACAUAAUUUGGUUGCUCUGUGAGUUGUGCUGAUGUAAAUAUAUAUAGUAUAUAUCAUUUGCUUCGGUUGUGUGCAUGUUAGCUUGCGAAACCGCUGACAAUAAGUUCUCAAGCUUUGCAAGUGUAAAUAUUCGUAUCAUAUUUUGAGCUGUUGCAAUGAGCUGAACGACA